AUGGCAGAUGCGACAGAUCUCCGGCGUCGAGAAAAGGGUGUCAAUAACUUUGCACUCCGCAGCUUUAAUGCGCUCUCGCAUAACCGAGAAAUCAGUGGUGUGCAGGUCGCCAGCGUCUUACUUCAACUGCCAACCUAUUACACGAUCGACAUUGAAGCAUUCGCUUGCUGCAGAGUGCAACUGGGCGCUGUUAGGCUGAAAGAUUUUGAGGGUAGUGUGCAUGAGAGUUUAACAUAUACUGUCUAUUCUUCAAUUACACGUUACAUUUCAAUGACUAUAACCGGUGAUAGUACAUAUUCCGAACUGCCUGAGAUUAGUAGAGUUCUACCUAUAAGUGCGGACUUUACGUGGCAGGGACUUAUUGCGCCACUGCUACAAACAAAAUUUCAACAAUGGGAUACCGUUUGCUCACUAGAAGUUAUCAAAGCUGUAGGCGUGUGUGCUCUUUCCGCUGCAGACUGCACUGAGGUUGACGUCUAUCACACGAUACAUUUCCCUGCCGUGGAUCUCUUAGGUGAACAAUUCCUUACAAUUAUGCAUCAGCGCUGUGAGGCUGUUGUAGGGAUUCCACUACCAAAGGAUUGGCCACCAUAUCCUGACGCAUUCAAACAGCUCGACGAAGCAAUCAAGACACUCAUUGAUACAACACCCAAGGACUCUGCUCGUUUCAUUGCCUGGGGAAAUGAAAAUGACUGA